UCAACCACCAUAUUGGCCGAUGAAGAACUACGAAAGAUGGAAGAGGAAGCUAUUGAUGAAGAACAUGACGAUGAACAUAAUAAUAAAGUUUCUGAAGGAAAUGCAGAAGAUAAAAGUAUUCCAGAAGAUAAACCAUGCAAGUUGUCACCAUGUGUUAUAGUUGAUAGAGCAUCAGGAAAACUUGCACAUUGUGAGUCAGAGCUGCUAUCUCAUUUAAUUGGAACUUGGGAAAUAGACAUGGACAUAGAAGAGCAGACUAGAUUCAGUUUGCAUGAAUUUGGAUUUUGUUCAAGCCAUUUUAAUUUUGACAACAGCAAGCUCCACAAACCAGGCCUAAAAAAGGAUAGUAAUAGAUCCAUGAGUAUGAGUAUGAUACAUUGGCAACAGUGUUUAUUCUGCAACAAAUACAAACAUUUCUUCAGCAGAGGAGCAUCAAUGCCAGAAACAUCAAGUAGUCCUCCUAGUUUAUUUGCAACAAAAGUAGCUAUGAGAUUACGGAAUCUAGAUUUUGAAAGGCUAAGCAAAGAGGUCAAGAGCCAACUGCCUCCAUUAUCAUCCCUAUCAUCCCCCCCCGACCUCUCAGCACUUGUAGUAGCAAACUCACAUAGGACAGAUGCAGUGGAAGUCCAACUAAGCAAUGCUCUAAAUAUGGAAGUUAAGAUGAGCAAGGAAGGCCAGACAAUUGAAAAUGGCCAGCCAGCCAAACUCAAUAUAGGAAACAGAGAU